AUGAGCAGCUUUGCAAGGCGCAACGAAGGGAAUGAUGCCUAUCUCAUGAACCACCAACUGGCUGUGCCAGGCUCAUAUGGCCAGCAAGAGAAUCAUGACUUCGCACAUGGAUCCCCAUAUCACUUCCCUCAACAUUCAUUCAAUCCCUACGGCUCUCAGUUUGGGCAACCUUACGGUCCACAGUCAAGCUUUUCUCCGGGUUUGCAGAAUCUGCAGUAUUCAUCAGAACAUUCGAUCCCAUCAAUGACAACUCAGGAUGAUCCCAGGGUCCAUCAUCCUCCGCAAUACAUGCCUCAGUCGCGCUAUCUUCAAGCACCAAAAUAUCUACCUCUUCGCGAUCCGAUGUCACUCAGCGAAAUAGAGAUUGAAAGUCAAGAGUCUCGCAAUGAGAUCUCCAAGCUCUCAGAGCCCGUUGUGCCCGCCCUUGACGGUUUCCCUGAUGUAAAAGAAUUUGAUCAGUUGAUGCAGAACUACGUCAAUGAUCUUUCCGUCAAGAAGCAAGACAAGGCAUUGAUUCAUGCUAAAAGAGCCCGUAACAUCAGGACUGUCUUAAUUGAUCCAAAGGAUACGGCGGUGGAGUCGGCUCAAUUUCGGUUCUGGGUUAAGAAGAUGUUCAAGCUGCAGGCUAUGGGGGCUGGAACGCCAGAAUGCAGGAAGAUGAUCUGUCAUGAGGGCAAGCCGGUUGCGAUUCGAGAGAAAUUGUUCAAAAUCCUCACCAAAGCACAUCAGCAAUGCCAGCAUGGUGGCCGCGACAAGACCUCUGCCCAGGUCCGGCGAAUCUACUCAUGGGUGCCGAAAGAACUGAUCUCCCGUUUCGUAAAGAUCUGCCCAACCUGUCAGGUGCGCCGCGGAGGUUCGCGCUUGACGCCGCCCAAUUCACGAAGAAGCUCCCCGCGACUAGAGAUGAUCCCUCGAUCUCCUAAACUCCCAUCACCUCCGGCUUCACGGCGAGAAUCCACCUUCGGCCAAAUGCCCAUUGACAGAACACAGUCUGACUAUUUCGGUCAUUUGCACAGCCAGAAUGCUUGGCUUGAUAGCCACCAAAGUGUGCAGGGCCGUUCAGCCCUAGGUAACGGAGUACGGUCGUUCCAGCCGAUGGGCAACAUUUCGCACUCAAUUGCGGGCACGUUGGACCCGUACACCACCGAUCUAUCUAUUCCUCCUUCCCAGUUGACCUAUACAACGGGAUAUGUUCCGACUCAUGGAGCCCCGCCCCAGAGAGAGUUCUGA